UAUUAUUAUUGCUUAAAGAUAAGUCAUUUUUCUGAAGAUGUUUGUAGUUGUAUUUGGUUUAUUCUUCUUAUCAAUCAAAGACUAAGUGGAUGGAAAAAUAACAUUAGGAGGCUAUCAGGGAAUUACAUACAAUAUCAGCCUUCAUGAACCACGUAUAUCUGCGACUGUGGCGUUCUCGUGGGUUACAUAGAGCAUAUAAAUUGUGAGUUGGCGGACCAUCUGUUAUAUGUUAUAAUGUUCACUACCCACCUCGGAGUUCGUCAUCAGAAGCUUUAAGGUCAUUGACAAACAGACCGAUUAGUGAUCAAGCAUCAUGAAUCAACCAUGGAAUGACGUUUCACAGAUGAAUUUAGUGUGUUGCCUUGAGAUGUACUUUUUUUUAUCACCUCCAAAGACUCUCAUCAGUUAUCAACAAGGGGAUAAAGAAGUGCGAACUACCUAAAAGAACAACACUCUAGCCUAUAGAAUGGCGGCACCUCCGGAGUCCAGCUUCCUGGCGUUAAUAGAGGCAGUUUUAAGCUUAGCUGCUCCCCCCAUGCCAAGGCCCAAGCGGUCCACUCAUCCUAUCAAGGCAGGGGGUUAUUCCGAGGACAUCUUUUUGAAUCUGACUGAGGAAGACAAAGAAGAAUUUGAGUGUUCAAUAUGCUACCAGAUCCUAAAGGACACCAUGCUGUGCAGCAACAAGCACAAGUACUGUCAUUCUUGUAUCUAUGUGUGGUCAACCAGUGGGGUGCAUCUCAACAGAACACGGUGUCCAGUCUGUCGAACUAACGGCUCCUAUUCUCGCAACACAGAGUUGGACAACAAGAUAAAAGUGAAAGAGGUUAAAUGCAGUAUGACUGGAUGCAACUGGACUGGGAAGUUGAUGUACCUGUUGAGCCACAGACACACAAACUAUGACAGUAAUAGUAACCCGUGUCCUGGGGACAGUAUUGAUGCCGAGUUGCCACAGCUUAGGAGGAGGAGUACACCACGGACACAACCCAUCACCAGGACUGGUCUUCAGUUUCCCACCAGGCAUUUACACUUAAGGUCGUCACUUCCAUCAAACACAAUGAAUAGAGGUUUAAAUAACUUAAGUUCACUGAGUGACAGUAACAACAAUACAUUGAGCAGUAGAAACACUUUUCUCAGCCGAGACAACUCAGAUGGUAUUGUCCAUACACCAAGACCGCCUUCAACCCCACGACCACCUCAGCAGGUUGUACGCAGACUACCAACUCUUCCAUCCCUGCUGCAGCAGGAUUCGCCAAGGCAAAAUGUACAUAGUACCAACAUUUCAACACCAAGUUAUCCAGCACAGCCUUCUGAAGUGUCCACACGGACUCCAGUCCAGCCCUCAACUCGGACGCAAGUCAGUAAUAGUCUUACUCAGAUCCGAGAUCGCCUUCAUGAUAGUAGGUCAAGACUUGACUCCUUGAUGACAACCUUUGGUACUGAAUUAGAACAGCGACAGCAAGAAGUUUUUGAUGUUAAUGCUGAACGUGAACGUCAUCGUCAGGAACAGUUGCAGGAAGUUCGUGAACUUGGUCGGAGACUGGGGCAGGUUGCAUCAGAGCUUAGACGCCUGCUGAAUCAGAGGUCUGCUAUCAGAGGGGAGAUUAACAACCUUAUGGAGAACUAACCUCAAUGUACUUGCUCAAAUUCAUAGCAAAUCCUCUAAAGAGAGUUACAAUAUAAAAGAACAUUAUUGUCAUAUAUUAUUGUCAGCAACAAUGUAUGGAGCAUUGCACUAUUCAGCACAAUGGGUUAUUGAGCCAGCUAUGCGCAAACUUUAGAUGCUUUGCAAAACUGUCCAAGUCUGAUAGUAUUUAUGUUUUGCUUGAUAUUUAUUGGGCCAUUAGCUUCAGUGGUUAUCACCCGCUGUAUACUGGGUUGAUUGGACAUGUUACAUUUUUUCGUAUCAUUGAUAAAGAACGUCAGUUGACAUGUGAACUGAUUAUAUAAUGACACAUGCAACCCAAAAAUAUGUAAAGACUGUCAUUUGUCCAAUGCUUAAGCCUCCUCAUUAUAUCCUUGUACAACUACAUUUUGUGUUUGGAAAAAGAUUGCUUGGUGAGAGUGCCUGUGUCAGUGUCAUCACAAAAAGUUAUUCAUUCCAACCAAGUUCAGCAGCAGCUUUCAGUUGAAAACUUAAGAAGCUGAAUGUUAUAUUUAGGCCCCUCUAAAAUUACUUUUUGUAAGUUCACCUGAACUGAAAGUUGAUGUAAGCCGGUGCAUUAUAUGUCAAUCUUUUUGUCCAUUCAAAACCUGUAUGUCAUUGCAACCUUGCACAAAAUACAAUAAACUAACUCAAUGUAUUGAACAAUACAUCAAUAUUGAAAGUAUUUAUCGUUUUGUCAAAAAACUGCAUGAUGUAUCAUUAUGAAAAUGGCUGUUAUAGUCCCAGUGAAACAUGUCAGUUUUUUUGUUGUUUUUUUUGAUAUUUGUCACAAAUUGGACCUUUGACUUUAAUGAACAGCUAUGGCUGCCAGGGCAAAUAUGUCGGAGAUGCAAGUUUGACUGUCUACUCAGCAAGUGAUUCAUUUUUCAGUGUGUUUCAAAUAAUCCAGAAAAAUUUAAGUGUGCUACAGUCACUUGAAUGUAUUUCCUAUAUACAUGUUUAAUUCCAGACAUGAGAAUUUUCCUUGGAUUCCUGGAAUUCCGAGAUUUUUCCUCUCAGAAUGAUGUAAAAUGCACUUUACUUGGGGGUGGGCGAUUUUCCUCCAAAAACAAGUUUUGCUGUUCUCAUGUCUGUAAUUUAUAGAUAUUGGUGUGUUGACAUAGAUGUAUUGAAAUAGAAUGCUUUCCUUGAAUCCCCAUCAUACAUGUAAACAAAACAAUAAGUGUAUGUCAAAUUGUCAUAGCAUGUUUGUGGACAUUUGAUCCAUCUUUAUCAACUUAGCCUAUGUAAUUUCGAUUGCCUAUCCAAUUAAUAUUUAUAUACUUACUGGUACACACAGUAACACAGCAUGUGACACUGGACAUUCAAAUUCUCCUGGAAGACUGUAUUACCGUGAUGAAGGGUUGCUAUAUAUAUGAUAAAUUAUUGAGGGUUGUUGGCCAUCAGAAGAACAAUUUAAACUGUUGCUGUAUAAUGUCAAAGGUUUGUUAGUUCUCCAGCACAAUUUCCUAUAUUUGUCUUCUUUGGGUACUGAAGAUCUUAGAUUGCAUUAACUGGGCACAGCAAAAUCAAUCCUUUCAUGAAGUCUGCUCUUUGUCAUGAUUUGAUUGUACUUCUGUUGGGAUACAUUUCCCCCAAAUCAUAUCACUAUCUCUCACUCAAACAUUUUAUGAACGAAUCAGAUGGGUCCAUUCCCAUGACACUAUAGCCUUAGAUGCUUAGCUGUUAUACGGAUACGUCAAGAAGCGGUUGGCCACAACUCAACAUCAAUGAAGAGGUGUGGCUAUACCUGUUAAUCCUAUGAAAAUAUCAUUGCAUUCAUUGUUUAACAACCUUUGAUCUUGAUAUUGUGAGUAAUCUAAAUAACAAUGUUGGUAUGUAGCCUUUGAUGAUGAACAUCAUGUUUGGGUACAAUAAGCCUGUUCCAUACUAUGAAUGUCUGGCAGGGAUUAUUCCCUUAAGUUGAUAACUAAAGGCAUCUUCUGUGUUUUUACUAAUUCAUGGCAUAAGUUGUAGACACGGUAAUCAAAUAGAUGAGCAGACAGAAUAGCCCUGUUGCAGUAGUUUAUAAACUUUAAUGCCUUGAUGCAUCAAAAUCUGCAAAGAUGCUAUGGCCAGUUAGUUUAUUUGCCCUUUAACGUGUUGGGUGGAGAGAGGGUUUGGACAUUAUAUUUAAGAUUUACCAAAUUGGAUAAUGAAUAGUUACUCAUAAUAGUCUGUUAACUGACUCAGUUGAUAUGAAGUAGGACACACAGACCGUAACUGGUUAUGCUAAGUGAUCCGUAUAAGAUGGUCUAAGGUCACAUGGCCAGGCUAAAAUAGUGCACUUUUUUUUCUAGAGAAUAACUGUUGAUGAUUUGUGUGAUCGUAUGUAGCUUAGCCAUGGUCACUGGCCAGACAAGAUGCAUGGUGAGAAUUCCCAGCCAUCAGGUUUGAGGGAAGUUUCUUCUCAGUGUGCAUAAGUGUCCUGAUAUUGCAUGCACUUUUGAACAACCUUUAAUUGUUCAAAUAUGGUAUUUUAACCUCAUUUUGAAUAUUGUCAUCAUUUAAUGUAAGUUUGUGCAGAGCAACAGGUUAUAUUCACUGAUCAGUGGAAUCAGGAAAGGAACCAGGGCUGUUGUUCUGCCGGACUUCACUGAUCAGUAAACCCAGGAAAGGAACCAGUGCUAUUGUUCUGCCGGACUUCACUGAUCAGUGAACCCAGGAAAGGAACCAGUGCUGUUGUUCUGCCGGACUUCACUGAUCAGUGGAAUCAGGAAAGGAACCAGGGCUGUUGUUCUGCCGGACUUCACUGAUCAGUAAACCCAGGAAAGGAACCAGUGCUAUUGUUCUGCCGGACUUCACUGAUCAGUGAACCCAGGAAAAGAACCAGUGCUGUUGUUCUGCCGGACUUCACUGAUCAGUGGAAUCAGGAAAGGAACCAGUGCUGUUGUUCUGCAUGACUGCCAAUGAAUGAUCUGCCAAUGUGUGUUAAACUAAAAUCAAAUACUUUUUUUAGCAAUGUUCAUUUUACAUAUCAGCUAUUUGAUUGUUUGGUUUUCUCAUCAUUUGUAUAUAGAUAUUUUAAAAAUAUCACCUAGUUUGUAAAUGGGUAUUAUUUGCAUUGUGACUACAGGUGAUCAAUUCAACAAAUAAGCAAUCAAAACAAAUGUCGUAUCACUUCCUCAAUCAGUAAUAUUACAGUGCUGAUGUCUAUUGAAUACACAUGUAUAUUUCAGAACCUUUCCAUUCUUCAAUCUGGUCUUCAGUGGUGUACUUUUUCUUAUAUAUUGUUCUGGAAAGUACAUGACUAAAAUGCACUGAACAACAAAAAUUCCAGUGACAUUGAAUAAGAUUUAAUGCAAAGUUAUGUUUUUUACCAAAUCUGAAUUUUUUUGGUUUGCAACAGAUAAAAAACUCCUGUAAGUGUUCAAAUGGUUUAAUUUGCCAUACUGACUUCAGAA